CCCACUCAAAAUGUUGUGACAAAGUACAUUUUAUCUAAACGGGGAGAUAUUUGUCAUUUCGUUUGGUUGACGGUAUGGCAGAAUUCGAUUCUUCCUCGGAAAAUGAAUUUAACUGUGAAAAUGCCGAGGAUGUGUCAUAUUUCAACCUGGAUUCGAUUCCGGACUGUUUGCUUGAGAGAGCCCGGGAUUUGCGUGCGCUGCAACUCAACAACAAUGAGUUCACGACCGUGCCAGACUCAGUCGGCCUCUUUACAAAACUCGUGUCAUUGGACAUCAGCUACAACAGCGUCAAGUUGAUUAGCGACAGCAUAACCCAGCUGAAAAGCCUCAGGACAUUAAUCGCCAAAAACAAUUUGUUGACGUCGGAGUCGAUUCCGAAGGACUUUGGCCUACUGAAGAGUUUAGAGGUUGUCAAUUUCAGUUGUAAUUCGUUGGAAAGUUUGCCUCCACAGUUUACCGAACUACACAAACUGCGCUGUUUGUACCUUGGGGGGAAUUUGCUGACAUCCAUUACUAGUGCUGUUAAACAUUUGACAAGACUUGAAGUCUUGUAUCUUGGUGGUAACCAGCUGUCGGAGAUUCCCGCUGAGGUCGGCUAUCUGCACCGACUGACCUCGCUUGUCCUGUGUGACAACCAGCUCCAGAGUCUUCCACCCACGCUGAUCAACCUGCGACACCUCAAAUCUCUCAAUCUCCAUAACAACCAGCUGUCGACGUUGCCGCCGGAGAUCGUUGCAUUAAACCUGAUUGAGCUGAGUCUGCGCAACAACCCGCUGGUGGUCCGGUUCGUGGAGGAUCUUGUGUACAUCCCUCCCACUCUGCUGGAGCUCGCCGGCCGCUGCAUGAAAAUCAACCGAGUUAAAUACAGCACCCUCGAUCUGCCAGUGAACUUAGUCCAGUAUUUACAGUCGGCACAGAGAUGUGUUAACCCAAAAUGUAAAGGUGUUUACUUUACAUCUCGUAUAGAACAUGUCAAGUUUGUAGAUUUCUGCGGAAAAUAUCGCCUGCCCCUGAUGCAGUAUCUGUGUUCCCCGAAAUGUACGUCCUCAUUGCCAACAGUGACAUCUAGUGCUAGUGACAGCGAGACAGACGAAGAAGACGGCGCGAGAGAGAGAAUGAGACGAGUGCUCCUGGGGUAAACAAGAUUGGUCCAAAGGGAGGCCACUCUAGCAGUAACACUUUCUUCACAAAAUAUUUCUUUAAAAUCAAAUUCUUACUGUUGCUUACAUCUGGUAUUUAAGGUAAACAAUAUGUUGCAUACUGCACAUGGUACUGUCAGUUUUGUUUUUAUAUUAUUAUGAUGUGUUGAAGUUUUUGACAGAACUUAUCAUAUUUUGAUGCUGGAUUUAUGCACUUUAAAGAGAUUGUUUUCUGCCUUUGUAAAAUCAUUCCAACUAAUAAAGCCUUUAUAGGCACUAAAGUGGCACUAGAGUCGGAAACAUCGUAGAGUGGCAGCAAACCGAGGACAGUUUGUUUAAUUAAUACAGAUUGUAAACAAUCAACGAGUUGGAAAGAAAUGAACAGUUAUUGACGUGUGAUAAAAAAAUCAUUAAACAUUGCUGAUACCUAAGUUAUUGAUGUGUGCUAAAUUAGUUAUUCAACUGUGACAUGUUCAAUAAAACAGUUAGUGACAUGUGAUAUAUUCGUUACCAAACAUUGCCAAUACCUUUAUCAAUUUGUUUAAAACUGUUAAGUGCUACUGAACUAUGUGAUAGCGAUUAAAAUUAUGAAGUUUA